AUGGGAAUUGUCUUCGUCUCACCAGCCGGGGAAAGAAUAGUUCAUUGUUUCAGAUUAAAGUACGAAAUUACGAAUAAUGAAGCUGAGUAUGAGGCAGUAAUCCAUGGAUUAAGAUUGGCAGUUGAAAUGGGGUUGGAGGACAUCGGGCUUACUAGUGGUUCACAGUUAGUCAUUCGCCAGAUAGACGGGCGAUAUAAAAUCAACGAUCUCGUGCUGCAAAGAUAUUCACAACUAGAAAAACAGUAUACGGAUCGCAUCCCAAGUGUCAUAUGGAGACACAUAUGUCGGAUAAACAAUCGAAAUGCAGAUGACCCCGAAACAAGAUUCAUUCGCAUUGACAGCUUGAGGAAACCAUCAAUUGACAUUCGGGGAUGUGCUGCGAAGAUUAUAUACAUGGAAGAUGAUACGGGAAAUGUCGAAAAAAAUGAUUGGAGAGCCCAAAUUCACAGAUAUCUACAAGAUAGGGAAACACCCCGUGAUAGAUUGGAGGCACAUAAACUCAAGAGUAGAGCGACAAAUUAUGAACUUCGCGUCGGAGUAUUAUACAGAAGAUCUUUCCAAGGGUCGCUUUUAAGAUGCCUGUCACCUGAAGAAGGCAUUGAGAUAAUGACAGCUAUACACUAUGGGGAUGCUCGGAAUCAUAGCGGAACCAGAUCUUUGGAACUCAAAACUAGAGGGCAAGGUUACUAUUGGACACACAUGCACGAAUAUGCAAAGGACAUCGUGACUAAAUGCGAAGAAUUUCAAAGGUACGGGAAACGCAUCCAUGCACCAGGGAGAACCUUGAAUUCCAUAUUAAGUGUUUGGCCCUUCGCAAAAUGGGUCCUGGAUAUAGUAGGACCCCUCGUACCAGGCAGUAAACAGCGAAGAUUCUUGAUUGUGGCAACUGAUUACUUCACGAAGUGGGUUGAAGCAAAGGCGACACAACACAUCAGAGACUCCGAUAUCUUCUCUUUCAUAUUCGAACAAACCAUAUGCAGAUUCGGGAUACCGGUACAAUUGGUGUCAGACAAUGGGAAGCAAUUUGAAGAGAAUAAUAUCGCCAUGUUUCUCAAUGCAUUCAAAAUCCAGAGUGGAAAGUCUACUCCACUAUACCCAUAG